AAUAAUUUCUGGUUAUUCCUCAAAAAAUCCUCUCUUUAAUAAGAAACCCAUUUGCCAUUCAAAUUCAAUUCAUUCAUUCAUUCAUACCCAGAAAGAGAAAGGAAAACGCAUGAACAGAAUUAACUAUGAAAUAAUUUGGCAAAUCCAAAUUAAAAUACUAAUCCCAAAUCCAAUUCCAUUCUUAAUACCACAAAAUAUUAUCCAAUCAAUGAUUUUCCUUUACUAUUACAAGAUCUUCUUCUCUCUUCUUCUUCAUCUUCAUCUUCAUCUUCAUCUUCUCAACCUGAAUCUUACCAACCCAGAAAAAAUACUAACAAUGAAAAAUCCAAUAUUAUUAUUAUUCUUCCAUUUCUAGAAAAAACCCAUCAAUAAAAAUCAAAUCUUUUUCCAAAAUACACACUACUCAAAAUAGUACUAAUUAUAUUCUUACAGUACUAUAUACAAUAUAUAUAUAUGACUGUUUGUUACCACUCAUCACUACCACCACCACCACUAUUACCCCUGAUUUUUUUACCCAAAUUCAUUCUCUGCUGUGGCAGUGGUACUGUACUACUACUACUCCUCCUCCUUCUUCUUCUUCUUCUCUCUCUAAAACCAUUUCAGUACAGCUCACCAAAACAAAACCCAACCUGUCCUUUUUUUCAUUCUAUGAAAUUUGAACCCUCUUCUUCUCAUUGUUAUAACUAUUCAUUUCCGCCGUUACCGUUAUCGUUACCGUUAACUCAACAAACCCAAACCCUUUUAUCUUUCGCCGGAAAAAAACAACACCCAACAAUGGAUUACUCAACCAUGUCAGCCGCACUCCGUCGCCACCACCGUCUCCGAAAGGAGAAGCUUGUUGUAAUCAUGGGAGCGACCGGCACCGGAAAAUCUCGUCUGUCAAUCGACCUGUCUGAACAUUUCCCUGUUGAAGUGAUUAACUCUGAUAAAAUGCAGGUUUAUAAAGGGUUAGAUAUAACGACGAAUAAGAUUUCAGUUUCUGAUCGUUGUGGUGUUCCUCAUCAUCUUUUGGGUGAUGUUGACCAAGCUCAUCGUGAUUUGACUCCAUCUGAGUUUCGUUCAUUGGCUGGAAAUGCUGUUUCUGAAAUCACUGCAAGGAGAAAGCUUCCUGUUCUUGUUGGUGGUUCUAACUCGUUCAUUCAUGCUUUGGUUGUCGAACGAUUCGACUCGUCCGAUUCCGACGUGUUCGAUGAACGUUCCAACUCACCGAUUUCAACCGAGUUAAGAUACGACUGUUGUUUUCUCUGGGUUGACGUGUCUGUAAAGAUACUAACCGAUUACUUAUCGAAACGAGUCGAUGAUAUGUUGAAACUCGGAAUGUUCGACGAGUUAGCCGAGUUUUACAACUCAGAUGACUCAGACCACGGAAACGAUUCCGCAACUCGGACCGGGUUGAGAAAAGCUAUUGGGGUUCCCGAGUUCGAUAAGUAUUUUGGGAAAUUUAAACCUGGCGAGGAAAAUAAUAAUAAUGAUCAGGUGCGGAGAGGUGCAUUUGAGGAUGCGGUGAGGGCUAUUAAAGAAAAUACUUGUAGCUUAGCCAAGAGUCAAAUUAGUAAGAUCGUACGGUUGAAAGGUUCCGGUUGGGAUAUACGGCGACUUGAUGCGACUGAGGCUUUCACGGCGGUGAUGACGUCAGAACCCGGCGAGAAAUUUACGGAGAAUUGGGAGAGACAGGUAUUGGAACCAAGCGUGGAGAUUGUGAGUCGUUUCUUGAAGGAGUGAGUAGGUUUUGCCACCAAUUUCCAGCUCAUUAAUUUAUUUUUAAUUUUGUUAAAGAAAAUUUUGUUAUUUAAAAUUAAUACACAGAAGGAGGGAAAAAAAAAAUGAAUUUUUUCAUUUUUUUAUUCUUUUCCGUUUUUUUCAGUCUUUUAUUUGGGUCUCUUCUUCUUCUAUUUUCAGUCUUUUUAUUUAAAUUUUUAUUGUAAGUCUGUUGUUUGUGAAUAUAUAUAAAAAUAAUUAGUUUAAUUU